UUCCGGGUAACAAGACAAAACUUCCGGCAACGUCAAAGUGUCAGUGGCGGGAAAAUAAAUCACAGAAAAAAUCUUGAGGGUACCUUCAGAGCUGGCUUGGUCAUGGGUCUGCUGGAACAAUGUGAGGAGACCUUUGGGACAUCAGACCUCUACCAGGUUUUGGGUGUGAGGUCAGGAGCCUCGGAGGGAGAGAUCCGAAGGGGAUAUCGGAAGGUAUCUCUCCAGGUUCAUCCUGACAGGGUAACAGAUGUGGAGAAGGAAAAGGCUACUGAGAAAUUCCAGAUCCUGGGUAAAGUGUAUGCUGUGCUGAAUGAUGGGGAGCAGCGUGGACUGUAUGAUGAACAAGGUAUAGUGGAUGAAGAGGCAGAUGUUGUAAAACAGGACCGUGACUGGGAGGAGUAUUGGCGACUGCUUUUUAAGAAGGUCACAGUGGCUGACAUUAAGGAAUUUGAAGCAAAGUAUAAAGGCUCUGAAGAGGAGAUGACAGAUAUAAAACAGGCAUACAUGGAUUUUGAGGGGGACAUGGAUGGUAUCAUGGAGUCGGUGUUGUGUUCCACACCCGGAGAUGAAUCACGGAUACGAGCAAUCUUGGAAGCUGCCAUUAAGGCACAAGAGCUCCCAGCCUACACUGCGUUUACAAAGGAGACUGCAAGCAAACAGAGAGCCCGAAAGAGGAGGGGUGACCGAGAGGCCAAAGAGGCUGAAGUAAUGAGACAGGAGCUGGGACUGGAGGAGGGAAAUGACUCCCUCAAACUACUUAUACAAAAUAAGCAGAAGGACCGGGAAAAGCAGAUGGACAAUUUCCUGGCUGCGAUGGAAGCAAAGUACUGUGCAAAUUCUCAAAAGGGAAAGAAAGGUGCCAAGAAAGGAAAGAAAUAAAAACAAAUCCAAUUUGAAGGUUGCCACAUUAAGAAGGAUCAGCAGAAGACCCAGUGGAUCUAAAGUUGAGGUGAUGAUUAUUUUGCUCUUGGUUGGACAAUUGACUUGUAUUUUAGCUUUUUGCUGAAGAAUGAAUGUUGACCUUGUCUUUGUAAAGUAAUCUGAUCCCCUUUCUCUGCUGUGCACUUGUUGGUAUAUAACGAGAAAGGAGUGACUGGAUGAUCUUGUUUUAUAGCAGUGAUGUGUAGCUGGACAAUAAAGUUAUUUUUUGUAAA